GUACACUUUGGCACAGUCAUAUCUUGAGAAUAACUGUACAUACCAUCUCUAGGCAUGUUUGUAUAUGUGUGUGUGUCUGUGUGUGUGUGUGGGGUGUGUGUGUGGAAUUUGUCUGGUCAGUCUCUGGCGCUGAGUUUCUUGCCCACAACCGGGGGUUGAUCCUUUGAUGUUCCAAAAGCUAGGAAAUUGGGUCCACUGUCUUACCUCGCCCAGGCCACAAAGAUGUCAAAUGGGCUCAUCUUUGCAGACUGGUCGGAGCCGACUUAGUGAUUAACGAACACAGUUCAUCAGGUUAAAAGCAUUCUGAAAACUCCAAAGUUUAUUGAUUGUCCUGAUACAUGUGCAUAUGCUACAAAAGAACAAAUUGCAGAUUUGAAAAUGAAGAUAGCAUCCCUUAAUCUUAAAAACCCAGAUAUUAACAUUCUGAAAGAUGUAUUAAUUGGAAUGUCAAUAGCAGUGCAAGACUGCUCAACAAUCACCACAAAAGAUAACACAAAGAUUCAAGGCUAUUUUCCAAGAUGUACACAACUAGCGUCGUUGCUUUUGCUCCUAUUGGCACAGCUCACAGAAGAUAAUGGAUGUCUUCUAGAGAUUGGCACAGGUGAGGGCAAGUCCUGUAUCUUAGCCAUGUUUGCAACAAUUCUGGCCAUUCGUGGAACAAAAGUGGACAUUGUGACAAGCUCUCCGGUUCUAGCCAGGCGAGAUCAAGAAGAGUGGACAAAGUUUUUUGAAAUGUUUGGCAUCACCUCGUCUGUAGUACCUCCACAGUAUGCAAGUGCCUAUUCACAACAGGAACAAGAGGAACAUCUUAAAGAUAAUUACAGGAAACAAAUAGUAUAUGGCACAGUGGGAGUCUUUGCAGCAGACAUACUUAAACAGGAAUUUGAGAAGAGGACUACUCGCGAUACAAGGCCAUUUGAGCUUGUAAUAGUGGAUGAAGUGGACUACAUGACCUUAGACAGUGGCGUUCAAGUAACAUUCUUGUCCCAUGAAUCUACUGGAUUUAGGCAUGUGGAGCAAGUCCUUUCCAACAUAUGGGCCAUGAUAUCUACUUGUCAACCAAUUGAAAUGCUUGAAACAAGGGAAAUAAAAUGGGCGACAAGGAUACAGUACUUUCAUAAAGCUGCAACAACAGCCGUUAUGGGACUGGAAACAUCAGAAAGCUUUUCAGCAAAUGAGAUCUUGCUACCUGGAGUGAAUUUGGGAUUCUACACCCAGGAGGAUAUUGAAAUGAUACAUCAAUAUGAUGUGAAAGAGGACAUGUCGUCUAAAGCAUUAUCUGAAGUCAUGAAGAAACUUGUAGUUUCACAACAGUAUGAUCUUCUGUGCAUAUUUGAGGAGGUCUUGGAGAAGAGUGCAGUGUUUAAGUGCUAUUCUUUAGAGAACAAGAAAGCAAAAUGUUUUGAAGCUCAGGAAAAACAAGGUGACCUUAUUGUUGAAAUGUUACUGCUGGAAGGAGGACUGGCAUGUGAAAUCAUGUCUGAGAAAUCACUAAUUGAUGCUACUGUGAGCACAAUAAAGUCAUAUAUCAUGUACUCAGAUAACCCUCAAACUGCCGAAAAAUCCAACAACUUCACUGUCAUCCCUGUUUUUUUGAAACGCUACAUUGAAAAUCAGUUACCAGUUUUUGUUGAGAAUGCACUAAAGGCUGUUGAGAUGUCACAGGGCCGCGAAUACAUGAUUUACACCUCACCGGCCACUGAAAGAGAAGUUGCUGGCAUUCAUGACAGAGACAAGUAUAAUGCAAUAAUUCCACUAGACUUCAAAGCAAGCGGUGUGCUGGAGAAAAACAAGAAGUGGGGUAAUGGUCUUCAACAAUUUUUGGAGUUCAAGCACCAACUUGCGAUUUCACCGAUAUCCACUGUGACAAAUUACAUGUCAAAUUUCCAUUAUUUUAAAAGGUAUCUCAGUGGGAGUGGUAUUUUUGGUGUUUCUGGUACAUUAGGAGGUAAGGCAGAUCGGGACUUUCUGGCAAGACAUUAUAAAGCACAGAGCUACACUGUACCUGCAUAUCGCCAUAAAAGGGUGGUGGAGCUUCCAGUCAUCCAGGUAAAAGGUGGGAAUGACCAAUGGAUCCAGACUAUUUGUGAAACUUCAUGGAAAGUAGCAGAGAGAGGACAAGUUGUCUUGGUAAUUUGUGAAGAUGUUAAAACAGCAGAUGAACUAAAAGAGAAAAUACAAGGCAGCGGCAGAUUCAAGGCAGAACAGAUUACUCUGUACACAAUCAGUGAGAAACACAACGUUGAAAGAGAGAAAUUCUGUGCAGGCAGAAUCAUCAUUGCUACAAAUCUGGGAGUACGAGGGACAGACAUAAAGGUUGAUGAAAGUGUGAAUAAGUGUGGUGGUCUUUUUGUUCUUCUUACUCACUUUCCUCAAAACCGAAGAGUCGAGAAACAAAUAUUUGGUCGUACAUCUCGAAAAGGCAAUCCUGGGAUGGUCCAGAUGGUUGUGAACUGUGAUCAUCUCGCACCAGCUUACCAAGGUCAGUCAGUGGAAAUCAUGCGCCAGCUAAGAGAGAAUUAUGAAAUUAAACGAAUCCAUGACAUGGAAAGUGAUGAGCUGGUUGAAAUAAACCUAAAGGAAAAUCUGUUCUCCACAUUUUGUAAAUUGCUGAAGGACUUUGAAAUGCAUUAUACAGAGCAAGAAAAACUGGACCCCAUGCAAAUGCAGCUUAAAAAUAUUCCAGAUUGCUUUAAACAUCAUCAGCCAAAGUUUGAUUAUCAGCCUGCCAUCAAUGCUUUGAAAGAAUCUUGGGCCUUGUGGUUGACCCUUCACGAGGAUCACAUCAAUAGACAUGAUGACUUAGGAGAACUUAAAUCAGAUCUUAUCAGGACAGUAAACGAAACAAGUGGAAAGCUGCUGCGAGGAGAAUGCGAUAAUUUUUAUGAUCACAUCAAACAGGCAAUUGUAAGAACUGAUCUACACUGCCGUGAUAAAUCCAACAAUGCCUUUGGAGCCGAAUCCUAUUGGCAAAAAGUUGCCAACUCUGACCCACACUACAAGGCUGUGGCACUCUAUAACCAGGCGUACAUUACCAUCAACCUCAGUAAGGGUAACUAUAAAGCAGAUGCAAUGAAAAUGCUGGAAGAUGCAAAGAAAUCAAUUGACGCCUAUGUCUCAGAAGUUUCAAACACAAUGGUCUCAUGUAACUUAUCAGUCACCGGUAACAAAGAUCAGAGCACAGACAAAAACAACAACUUUCAGAGUCAAAUGGAGGCCAGAAUGAACAUCUUUAAGUCUUGGAUGACAUACAUUGAUAAUGCAUUGAAUAAACUUAAAGAGCUGGAGGACAGCAACAGUGAUGCCAUUACAGAGGACUGUUCAGUCUACAUGCUGUCUGAAGAAAAGGACUUCAUCAUCACUAAUGAGCUGAGAUCAUUAUACGACUAUGGUCUCGGUGUUGUUUUUGAGGUGAAAAAGAAGCCCAAGUUUUGCUUUGAUGCUUUGAUAUGUUUCUUUCUCGGGGUGGUACAGGUUCUCGCUGGGGUUCUUGUUUGUGUGCUGUCACUUGGAACAGCGAGCCAGUUUGGAAUGGCCCUGAUUUCAGAAGGAGUGUCUGACAUGAUCAGUGGAAUAGAGGGGAUGAUAAACGGCACGUUUAGCUGGGCGUCAUGGGCAAUAUCUAAGAGUAUCAGCAUCGGGCUUGCUUUGCUAACAGCUGGCUUUAGCGUUAUCAAGAAAGCAGUUACCACAGUGUUUAAAGUGACAAAAAGUCUCCUCAAUGGUACAAAGUCUUUCUCUUCUGUUGCGAAUGAAUUCAUCAAAUCAGGAAAGGCAAUGUUUACUUCAAUCAAAGGAAGUGCUCAGUCUGGUUUAUCAUCACUCAGUAAAGAAUCUUUUAAGUCUGCAAUGAAAAACAUGACAUCUUCAACAGUGGUCAAACAGAACUUAAAAGCGGCAUCUAUGUAUGCAGUUAAAGAAAUCGGGAAAAAGUCUGUGCUCACUGCCAUGAACUACGCAGUUGAUGCAGCACUCCAGGAAGUCUUUAAGAAGAUUUUACAAAGCAUUUUUCAGAAUGCUGUUACUUCAUCAGUGAAGCAAAGCAGCGACCUGGAUCAGAAUCUAGUUCAAUUCAUCAGCUCAGGCAUUCCGAAAGCUGCCUUGGAAAAAGAGAAUUUCAAGAUUGACCAGAAUUAUGAGAACCAAAUAAAAAAAUCAAUUGAUAUGUUCUGCAAAGAGAUAACUCCUCACCUCAUACUGGACUGUACCAAAGAACUGGAUGUUAUCAGCAAACUCUCUGAGGUGUCUGAUGCAGCAACAGAGAUUAUGAACAAAGAGAGUCAGUCAGGUGUGCUUGAAAUGGCAAAGCUGGUUCUGAAAGUAGCUGAGUAUGAAACUAAAUUCUGUCAAAUACUGGGUGCCAUACCAACAAAAGAGAAAAUACAAAAUAAAUUUAUUCCUGAAUUACUGGAGAGCAUCAGUGAGCUUGAGAAAGAAAGGACAAAGUAUGACCAAGAUGGACGACACAGUUUACAGGAUGUACAACGCCUUAAAGGAGAACUUCUGCAGAUUAUCGCACAGAAAGUUUCUGAGCAGUUCAUCAGUUCCUGUUCUGAACACAUAACUUCUUCAAUGGCCAGCACAUUUAAGAGUGAGUUGAACAGUGCUACAGGAAAAGCAGUAGAUAAAGUCAUGCGCAGACAUAAAACUCAGCAAUUCUUUGAUGAUCAGAGAGAAAAACACAACAAGAAAUCUGCGAGCCACAAGAAAGUGGAACAACUUUCAGAUGAGGACAAAACAAACCUAAUGCAGUAUACAGAAUAUAUGAGCAAAACUGAUCAGCCUGUUACAGCCCUCGAUGUGUACGUGCUCACAAAAAGUAACCUGCUCGAUGGAAAAGGGAUUCAACUCACAGUCGUUGAUGAAAAUGGAAAACAGCUCACUGAGGAACGUUACCCAGGAACCACCAAAUCAGCAGGCGAUAUAAAACUGAGAUUGACCAAAUCUGCAAAAGCCCCACAUACAUCACAAGCUGAUGCACAGCUGUACAGCGGUCAUUUUGACAUUGUCCAGGAUGAUGGCAAGUUAAUCAGCGUUAACUCAGAUCAUCAGAAUGCUCUUUAUCAUGCUCUAGCACAAGCAACUGGCAGCAAGAUAAAGGAGGAAGCAUUGAUGCUACGCAAGAAAGUGAAAAAUGAGAUCCAGACAAACCUUGAAUCGUACACACCCCUGCUUACUCUCCAGAGAGGAUACGACUUCUGUCACAAAAACCCCAGGAAAUACAGCAUAACUGGAGGAAGUAGAAAGGAGACAGACGUUGGACUGCAGAGAUACUUGCAGAGUGUUAAAUUCAUCAGAAGUGAUGAACGUAUCCUCAUCAAAACGUACCAUCUUGGAUUUGUUGGUGAAUAUAAAAGAGUUCAAAGUGCUCGGAGGUCCAGUGAGAACAACAAAGGAACACUCAACACAAGCCAUAUUCCACCGAAGGACUCCAUCAGACUGGCUCAGACGGUCAUAGAAAACUCAAACUCAGUGAGCGAGAUUAAAAAUAAAAACCCAGAGCUUUAUAAACUGAUCAGCAGCAUAAAGACUGACAACAAUGGAUUGAACCUGAUUGCCAUGGAGGUUCUGGGACAAGAUCACAGACGAGCUUUAACUACGGGCCCAAGCAGCCGCUCACAGAUGGCCAGGAAACUUCUAUCAGACACCAUGAUUAAUGGAGACAUGGAGCUUCUGCUGAAACGCUGCAUGAUUCUGAACCACCCUCUUACCUCACAAAAGCUCAGAGAAGCUCUAGGUGAAAGCAUUUCAUCUCAGUGUCACGUUUUGUCCGAUGAAGGCAUCCGAGGCUACUACAAAGCAGGAUACCGAAACCUGGUGUCGGAGUACAGCCGCAUGGGAAUCAUGGAUCAGAAGCAGCGUGAGCGUCUGGAUGAGUGGGUGAAUCAGGACCUGCAUGAGGACACCAACACUGUUGAAUACGGCCAACUUCUGCAGGGAUUAAAGUGAAAAUGAACACGUGUUCUCUUCAGCACCUCAUUAUGAAGAGGAUAGUGGUGGUGAUGAAGAUGAUGGCUACAGAAAGUAGGAAAUGAUUGAUCUCUGCCACUUAAACUGCAUUUACUGCAAAAAAAAAAAAAAAAAAAAAAAAAGAUGACUUGUUCUAUUGGUAGAUCAUUUUGGUAAUUUUAAGCAUUUAUUUCUAGGAUGGAGUGAUAGAAUAAGAGCAAAAACUCUGUAAAAAAAAUCAGUAAAAUUGUCUAGAAACAUUGUUCUAUUGAACAAAAAAAAAUGUUUUAUUGUAGUUACUUCAGUUUGCAUGGUAAUAAUGUUCUAGUGUGUGUUUGAGGUUUAAACAUGUAGUGGUUCCAAAUAUGACAUGGUUGUUCCAAACAUAAGAAUGGUGUUGAGUUUGAGUAAAUUUAAAAUAUAUAUAACAGUAAUAAAAUCAAUGCAAUGUUCAAAAAGCAAUGUUCAGCUUCUCUUCAGUAGACUGAGGUACACAUUACUGCUCUGUAGUGUAGAUCAGGAACAUGCUUUUCUCUGAUUAAAUGUAACAAAAAAUCAUUUACUUGAAACUGUGUUCUGAAUUUAUAAUCACACAGUUCUUCAUAAUCAGUGAAAUGAAGGGAGUUUUUAAUAAUCUACAUUUUACACAUGUAAUACGCUGUGUUACUAAUCUGAAUGGAUUUAUACUUGCAACUGAUUUCAUUUUCUGAAAAUUUGGCCAAUAAAAUGUGAUUAUUUUA